AUGCCAUCCUACAAUGCUGUCACCCCCACUAACCCCCAACCCAAGAUGACAGGCCUCAACGCCGAUACCGACCAAAUAAUCCAAAUCUGCUGCUUCAUCACAGACGCCAACCUCAACCUCCUCAACCCCACCCCCUUCGAAAGCACCAUCCACGUCGCCGACACCAUCCUGGCCGACAUGUCGCAGUGGUGCAUCGACACCCACGAACGCACGGGCCUCACGGCCGCCGUGCGCGCCUCGACCACCUCCGCCGCCACCGCCGCUGAUGGCCUCCUUGCCUACAUCCAAGCCCAUGUCCCCACGCCACGCACUGCUCUGCUGGCCGGCAACAGUGUGCACGCUGAUAAGGCGUUCUUGGACAAGGGGCCUUAUGCGAGGGUUUUGGAGCAUCUGCAUUACCGCAUUUUGGAUGUGAGCUCAUUGAAGGAGGCGGCGCGGAGGUGGGGGAGUCCUGAGCUUCUGGCCGAGGUGCCUCUAAAGAAGGGGUUGCAUCUUGCUAAGGAUGAUAUUUUGGAGAGUAUUGAGGAGAUGAGGUUUUAUCGGGAUCGCUUGUUUGCUUAG